AUGGGGGCAGAACAGACCGUCGUCUCCCUAAGGGGCACCAGCUCGACGUCUAGCGACGAGCACGUCGCUCCCUCCACCAUCCUAAAAGGGCCUGUCGCAACGGUCGAUACAGAAGCAGGAUUGAGACGUAACCUGAGGGAUGAUGAUGAUAGCAGGGCAGCAUUUUUAUCAGAGUUCUCUGCGACUGAAUCCAAAGCCAUCAUGUCCAAGGUUGACAGAAGAUUCUUCAUACUGAUUGGAUUGAUGUUUAUGAUCAAGAAUCUCGACAAUUCCAAUGCGAGCUUGAUCAAAGUUCUCCAAGUUGGUCAACCGUCCAAUAUUCUGAAGGAACUGAAAAUGUCGGCAAACGAGUACAAUUGGGUGGCGUCGACCUACGGAAUUGCAUACAUCACCUUCGAGUUUCCAAGCACGUUGGUACUGAAAAAAUUUACGCCGCACGUUUGGCAGUCACGAAUCUUCAUCUGCUGGGGCAUAGCCACCGCAUGCAGCGGUGCUGUCCAUACAAAGGCCCAAUUGCUUGCCUGCCGAUUUCUUGUUGGACUCUUUGAGGCUGGGAUGUUCCCCAGCGUUAUCACGCAAUUGACCUUCUGGUACCGCACGGAUGAGUUCAGUCGGCCAAUGGUCUGGUUCUUUGCUCUCUCGAACCUUUCUGGCUUGGUCGGGUCUUUGCUUUGCUACGGGAUCAGCUAUAUGGACGGCGUUCGCGGCCUCAGUUCUUGGCGUUGGGUAUUCAUCAUCGAGGGAGUUACGACAGUUAUCUUCGGCGGCUUACUCUUCUGGCUAUUGCCCGACUUUCCCAAAUCGCGACGGAGCAGUUCCUGGCUUAGUUCGAGGGAGCAAGAAUUCAUCGAAGCACGUCUACCACGGAAUGCACCUACCACUGGAGACAAAAACUUUGACAAGAAAGAUGCGUGGCACGCGUUCCGAAGCCCCCUUGUCUGGAGCUUCACAGGCUGCCAGGGCUUUAUGAAUCUGGCUUCCAACGCCUUCAGCUGGUAUCUACCUACCAUCAUCACCAGCCUUGGCUUCGCAGGACUUCCCAGAAACCAGCUACUCAACAUUCCACCAGUCGUCGCAGCGGUCCUAGGUAUAAUAUUCAGUUCGUGGUUCAUUGGGCGAGCAUUUGUUUCAAGACCGUUGUACAUCAGUUUUAUGGUAUUGGGCUCGUUGGUGUCCCUGAUCAUUCUCAUGACUGCGGGGAGAGACGGGAAAUUUGCCGCAUGCAUUCUUGGCUCGAUCUUCAUCAAUUCCUUCUACCCUCCAUACUGGUCGUGGCGUGCUGGCUACGUACAGCACGCGACAGGAGCUGCAUUCGCUCUCGGUCUUCAGAGUACUUUCAGCAACAUCUCAUCUGUGGUAUCGCCGCACUUCUACCAGUCGAAGUGGGCCAAGGACGGAUAUCGACAGAGCUUCGGGAUUUCCCUGGGCAUGGCGUUCGGUGCUGGUCUGUCAGUCUUGUACUCGUGGUGGCUCACACGAAAGGUCGAAGCUCAAGUGGUCCGGGUGCGUCGUGAAGUUCUCAAAGCACAGAGCGAGGGUCGCGAGUACGAUGGUCACGAUGACAUUGAUGUACUUGGAGAUGAAACUCUGAAGAACCGUCGACUCUGGUAA